AUGCUGCUACGGAAGGAGUUCUCGCUGUUGCGAAAACGUGUUCUGCUGGGCGUGCAGCCGAAAAACCUACUUCUGCCGAAGGUGAAGAAAAUAGGCAUUCCAGACGAAACAACCAUUAACAGAGGCACGAUAUGUGUGGUCAGCCCGAAUUCCUUGGACACCAAGCAGCGCCUGAAUGAAAUGAAAAGCUGUUUCUUCUUGCCCCUUUCCAUUGUUGAGAACGGACUCAACGACAAGCCUUUGCAUACCUGGAACAUCAAGUCUGUUCAGUACAACGACACCAGCAUUAAGAGCUCGACCCGGGCGCUUGAGUUCCGGAUUUCUCGAAACAAAGAUCAUUUGUUCUUCUGCUACGACAACGCAUUCGUGGACAAGAUGGCCGUUCCGAGGAACACCAUCGACAAGAUCUUGUUCAGCCCUCUGAUGGACUGCUUCUUGAUCAUUUUGCACAAACGCUUUGGCCAGAUCAUGGUCAGGUACGAGCCACGGGACGACGAACAUCUUCUACGAUUCUUCCACCAGAACGAGGCCCGCUGGGGUCCCGAUUGUGUUGUCUCCAGAGUAGACAACAUUGACCAUAUUUAUUCCAAGAUCUUAAAGCUGAGAGAGCUGCUCAACAAAGACCCACAGACGCUCGUUCGUGUGGAGUCUGACCAUAAUGAAAGUUCCGAAAGCGAAACGCAACCUCCCACUGGUAGGUCAUCUCCAGACCUGGUACUUAAAAGCGGCCUACCGAGCCUACCGGCCCCUAGUAAGAGACUCGACGGCAGGGCCACUCGGUCAGCAACGCGAUCUGCGCUGCAAGAUUCAGAGUUUAAGGCCGUCUCUAUGGGUGACAACGGAGAAUUGCUAAUAGAAGGAGAGGAUGAUGAGCCCAAGGAGCAAGAGGUACCAGCUCCGUUCGACCCACCUCUCAAGCAUGCUUUAGCAAAUGGAAAGAAGUUUGCCAUCGCCUACAACGACUUCAAAACGCUAUACAAUAAUGACUGGAUUAACGACACACUUAUAGACUUUUUCAUCGCCUACGAGAUAGACAAGGCUGUCUCCGAGCUCAAGCUGGUCAGAGAAGAUGAGGUUUACGCGUUCAACUCCUUCUUCUUCACCAAGCUCAUGUCCAAACCUGAGGACCUGGAGGGACCUCCAGACUACUACGCCAAUAUCCAGCGUUGGCUAAGCAAGGUUGACCUCAUGUCAUACCAGUCCGUGAUCAUCCCCAUAAACGAGCAUUUGCAUUGGUACUGUUGCAUAAUCAAGGAUCUCCCUAAGCUUUUACGAGCUGCAAAGCGUCGCCAAAUAGCAGAGAAGAAGGAGCAGGAAGAAGACAGAUCAAAUAGAGGACCAUCUGCAGACGAGUCUCCUAAGAAGCCCGACCCUGUGUCAGAGGUUUUUGUCUUUGACUCCCUCCGCCAUCGCCAUCCUAAUAUCGAGGAACCUCUCAGGAAAAUCAUCGACCAAUACGCCCAAGACACCUACGGCGUUCCCAUCCCUGCUGACAUGAUCAAAUUCACAAACGCUAGAGUACCUCAACAGCGCAACUUUAAUGACUGCGGUAUCCAUGUCAUUUGCAACGUCGGUAAGUGGCUCAGUGAGCCUGUGGUAUGCGAAAAAAUGUGGAGGAAGAUGCCAAAGAACUCAAGAGGAUACUUCAACAUCGGUGAACGGUUGUUGAUGCGCAAGAAGCUUAUCGAUUUACUCUUGGAGCUUCAUCUGAAACAACCGCCUGAUGAGAGCAAUAGUGGAUCAUGCAAGGAGGAGGAUGAGUCGGACGAUGAAAUCGAGCUCAUCUCUUACUUCUCUUCGAAGCCAGAUACCGCACCUGAACCUGCUCCAGAACCCGCUGAAUCUACAGCAGACCCAUCACUGGAAUCUAUCUCCGAUGCGCAAAAGCAAGAACCACCGAAGUUAGUAAGUUGUGACAAGGUCGAAAAGAAGAAGGAAAAAGAGCCAGAGAAAGGCCAAACGAGCAUUUUUGACACCCUUCUCACAUCAUCCAAGAAGCAGGCCUCUGAGAAUAAGGAAAAGACAAAAGAGACUGCACCAGUCACCAUCAACAGAGCAAGUUUUGGCAGAAGGGACCUGGACGAUGCUGCUCCUAAAAAGCAAAGGUCUCCUCCAGUACGGACACUUGAUCCCAGAGCCAACCAAAAUCUGGUCUUCACAUCCAAGAAAGAGCCUACUUCUGGCCUGUUUUUGCAAAUCGAGCAUCCUCAAAUCAGACGGCUUUUGCUCCGCCUCAAGGUCAAAUCUCACACAGUGGACUUUUUGAACCUGUUCUUCCGUGACCACAAUCGUCAGUACGGUCCAGAGAAGCAGCUCGCGAUCCAAGAGUUCGUGAACAAGUUCAACUUUUUUGACCCAAGCACAGAAUACAUGCAAUCGGAGCUUCUUAUUAGUGGAUUGAAAGAGACUUUCAAAGAGCCGGCGGCUCCAAUGGAGGAGCCUUUCGUUAUCCAAGAUGCUGAUGACAGUAACGGAGAGCUCAAUCGCAGUGUGGGAGAUCUACGCAUCAACAACAUCAAGCAAAAGCUGCUGAGAAGCGAUGGGAGUGAUCUUGAAAUUCUCGACGACAAAUGGAGAAUUGUAUCCAACCCAGAGUCGUCCUACAAGAGUAGCUCCCCGAAAAGCUCGCCUGCAUCUAGGAAGGCAUUGAACUCCCGAAACGAGUUGAAUGGGCAGGCCAAUAGUGGUAAAGGAAAACUGGGCGAGGAUUUUUUACUGUUUUUCUCGUCUAGAAAGGCCCUUGGACCAAAACGCAGACGUUUGGAUGCAAGAUCCGAUUCCAGCCGUCGUGCAGACAAGAGCGUCUAG